UCCCUCACUGGCAACUAAGGAAGCGAACCAAGCUCUCUCCUGGCAACCCUGCACAGCAUCAGAAGGGACAGUGCCAGUGCCAAAGGGACGUCGAUUCUUCACCAUGUCGAAGCUAGGCGCCCCGUACAGCCUCCUGGGGCGAGAAUAUGCCACGCAGGAGAAUUACCCAACCAAGAAAUGGAACUACUUCUUCCUGGGCUUCAUAACCGCUCUUGUCAUGACUCUUCUAGGUGGUACAGCAUUUCAGCUGUACAUGUCAUCCAGCCAAGUGGUGACCGUGUCCAGUGGUCGGCUGACACACUGGUGGCCAGAGCCUCCACCACACGACCAGGUGGCCAAAGUGGCUCGAUAUGUGGUGCAUAUCUCUGAAUGGGGUUCUGUCUCCACAACCUCCACUGCCGACCCUAUCAAGGGCUACCCAUUCGGUAACAUUAUGAGUAUCAGUGAUGGCCCAGUGGACAGGGCAUCCGGCACUCCCUAUGCUUACAUCACACGCAUGGACCUCACUGGCAAGGACCUACUGACAGAUACCCGUGCCACACUGUCCAUCUCCGAGGCCCAGUCUGAUUACUGCCAGAAACAUGACCUUGACCCGGAGGACCCUCGGUGUGCUCGUAUCCUUCUGACAGGCAACAUGGUGGAGGUAAAGAAUGGAACAAGUGAAGCUGAAUUUGCUAAAGCAGCUUUGUUCUCCAGACACCCUGUAAUGGAGACUUGGCCGGCAGAUCAUAACUGGAUAUUUGUGAAGCUGAACAUCAAACACAUCUAUGUCCUGGACUUCUUUGGUGGUGCUAGCGAGGUGGAUGUUGUGGAUUACUACAAUGCUGAACUGUGAGUGUUGAGUGUCCAGCAAACAGUGUCAUAACACACACACACACACACACACACACACACACACACACACACACACACACACACACACACACACACACACACACAGAUAAACUCCAUUGAAGCUCCUUGACUGUCCCAGGCUGUGCAAUUGUUCUAUAAAAGCUCAAGUCUUCACCGGGAGUUCCAGAAUUUAAACCGUUACAUUUAUAUUUGAGGGAAAAAUGUAAUCGUAUAUUUUUUGUCAUGAGGUAGGUGGUUAUGUGCAGUUUACAAAGCAAAUGCUGUAUUUUUGUAUUGGUGCGGCUUAAAACUAAUGGCAAAAAUGUUUAUAUAUUACUAUUUUAUAUCCUUGGUGCCAUUGAAUCCAAGGACAACAGACAUGGCUAUAGUCACUGGGCUGACCCUUUCACUGUUGACUGCCUUAGCUGUUUAUGCUCAUUGAAACCUUUGUAUUUGUAUGAUAAAUUACUUAUAUCAAUGUAAUCUAGUAUCUCAUUUAAUAUUACUGGUAGAAAUAGUUGGUUUGCUACAUUUCAUUAAACAAGACUAGUAACAAAGCAGUCAACAGAUGGGAGCCUCAGCGCAGUACAGUUAACAUGUUUGUCUGCCUGCAAGUGGGAAAACUAUUAUAGCAUUUACAAUAUUGACCAGUUUACUUUUCAUGGUAUGUGUCUGUGUAUAUCAAAGUAAAACCACAGUCAGCUCUAUAAUUAGUGUGGCACUUGGCAGUAUUCAAAGCUUGUGGUUAGAUAUUAAAAGAUAGUGCUGGAUCAGAUGCUGACCAUAUGUUAAGAGUACAACUGGUACCUACUAUUUGUGUAAGUGAAUGCAGUCAGUAUUUGUUAGUAGUGGUACAAUUAUUACUACAAUUUGUGUUAAUGAAGUAGUCAUUAGUUGUUAGGUGUAACUUGUAAGCAUAUAUAUGUAUGUAUGUACACGAGUUGACCAUGAAAAAAGAAAAUAAUAAAAAAGUAGGAUUUUCAAUAGUUAGGAAAUAUGAGUAGAUGGAUCAGGUUAUCCUUUGAAUCUUUCCCCCCACGAGGUGACUGGUGGUGAUGAGGGCUGUGCUCCUACACACCACAGGAGCAGUCAGUUUGACUUCCCAAGAUAAGCAAUAAAGUCUAUAGUAUUCAAAAAGUAUUCUGCUUCCAUGUUACACAACUACAAUGAAAAUGUGCCUUAUUGCUGCCUACUCUAGCAAGGAAAGACUCAGUACUGUAGCUGUCUUCCCUUCUGCUUUGUAAAUAUAACCCAAAUAUAUAUGAUAUAUUUC